AUGCAUCUCACAAGCGCAAAUCAAGACCCUACGCAAUACUCCGACGACGGGGUUGAUAAUGCCGAAAAUGAGGCGGCCGCACAGGAGCCUAACAGUGCCAACGAUUCAACUCCUGAGAACGUUGUUACCUCUACGCGUCUUAAUCCAAGGCACAGUCACACUGUAGCGGCCGAGGACGAAUCAGACCAGCUAGCCGAAAACACCGCAGUUCCUCCUAUGCCAAAUGCAGAGGUCAAUAUCACAGUACUCUCUGGACAAGAAGACAAUGUUCAGGUAGACAUUGAAUUGCAGCAAACAGAAACUAACGCGCCUACACCUGCUUCUACUGGUUCGCCAAGUUCAUCUGCUAGCGAUUUGUCCUCUACCACACUAGUGAAUAGCGAGGACUCGUAUCAAUUAUCUACUGGCGCGUCCAUUGCCGUUUCUCCCGACAUCGCGUCCGAUUCCGCUGGAUCGGAAAUCAAUUCAUUUGGACGUGCGCCAAUAUCCGCACAAUCUUCUACCACCUCGGGUUCUGCCGACACUCCCACAGCAUAUGCAGCGACCGCGGGCUCUUGCGCGUCAGUAUUCUAUUCUCGUUUUGCGGUCCCUCACAGCAUGAGCGGCCGUUCCGCAUCCGUGAAUGGUGCAGCGAAAACGGGAUCUGUAAAAUUUUCAAAUGUGGCCGCCGUUCAGCAUCCGGACGGAACCACAUCUCAGCAGCCUGCGAAUUUGCCUGCGCCUUCUACCCCUUCUUCGACCCCGAUGUCAGAACCGAUCCAACUGCAACCCGACGCGGCGGGCGGUUCGCCGCCCUCUGGUGGACCGCCGCCGCCGCCGCCUCUUGUGGUGCCAGCCGCGGCAGCGCCAGAUCCGAACCCGAACAAUGCUUUUCCACCAGUUGCUCCUCCCUUCGGCCUUCCUGUCGCUACUCCAGUGCAGCCCGUAGGUAUCGUGUAUCCCGUACCGAAUCCUCCUCACCUCGCACCAAACAUCAUCCCUCCGGUUGGACCAGGCUCUGGCCCCGCCAUACCUAACUUCGGCGGUGGUCCUCCUGUCGUUAUUCUAAAUAAUGCCCCUGCUCCCGCUCCUCCCCCGAUCAAUCCCCAACAGCAGCAGCAGCAACCUUAUCUCUGGUUUAACCCGCCGCUGGUAGCUCCUUCAGUGCCCCCUCCGCCGCCCGGUACUCAGGGCUCAUGGUGCUACCCCAGCCCAUCUCCCUUCUGGGCCGGCGCAUCGGCCAACCAGAUAAACCCGCCUCCGCAGUUCUACACAGCGGGACAGGCUUACGUAGCAGAGCCUGCCUACAUCGUGGGCGCAGCACCGCAGCAGCAGGAGCAGCAGCAGCAGCCGCCGCCGCCCCCACCGCCGGCGGGCCGUCCUCCGCCCACUCCUCAGAUCCCGCAGCGCGAUAAGGAUGGUGUCGAUUGGACGCUAUGGAUGGAAAGCGGAAAAGGAAGAGCAAUUAGGGACGGGUAUACCCAAAGGCGCGGAAUAGGACUGCCGCUAUAG